CAUUAUCACUCAAGCAUUAAUGAAGACACUAUUGAAAUCAUCUGGAAUGAUAACCAACUUCAGAGAAAGUAUUUUUGCUAUUGUACAAGGUGCCCACUGAGCAGAUGAGGAGCAGAAUCAGGAUUUCAGGUGGUUCCGUUGUUCUGCUGUGGUUGGUGCCAGCAGAGUAGAGUUCCGAAAUGGAGUCUGAUAUGGACGCACAUAUAAAACAGCAAUGUGUGAUUGAAUUCCUCACUGCUGAAGAAAUUGCGCCAACUGAAAUCCAUCAAUGCUUGCUAAAGGUGUACAGAGAUGAUACAAUAGAUGUGAGCAAUGUGAGGUCAUGGGUACGCCAUUUUCAAGGUGGUUAAAAUGGUGAGCAUGACAAGCCAUGGCCCGAUCGACCCUGCACAGCUGUCAUCCCCCGCAAUGAAGAGCAUCUUGUUCAACUCAUCCAUGCUGAUCAGUGGAUAACAUUUAGAAAAUUGUGUGCAAAGCUGAAUGUCGGCUGUAAUGUCUUGGAAACAAUGCCGGAACAUCUUGGUUAUCGCAAAGUCUGUGAGAGAUGAGUCCCGCCAAUUCUUACAGAUGAACAAAAAACUCGUCAAAUGGAAAUUUUUUGGGACCUGCUGAACCAAUAUGAAGCUGAAAGUGACAAUUUUCUGAAUAGCAUUAUCAGCAGAGAUGAGGCAUGGUGUCACUACAACAAGCCAGAAUCCAAAAGACAGUCCGUGGAAUGGCAAAAUGUGAAUUCUCUGUCAAAGAAGAAAUUCAAGAUACAACUUCCUGCAGGCAAAGUGAUGUGUACAGUCUUCUGGUAUAGACAGGGUGUGGUUCUUUUGGAUGUCCUGAAGCCUGGAGAAACUGUCAAUUCAGCACACUGCAAAACAACACUGACUAAGCUGAAAGCCCAAAUUUCCAGGGUAACAGCAGAGAAGAAGACCAACUGUCACCUGCAACAUGAUAAUGCCAGACCCCACACCAAUUUUGUGACCACAUAACUCAUUGCAGAAUUCUGCUGGACUGUCUUACCACACCCACCAUACAGUCCCAAUUUAGUGCCUUCAGACUUCCAUCUCUUUGGGCCACUGAAAGAUGAACUACAUGGUGAACAUUUUCAGGACUCAGACACUGUUGUCAGAGCUGUAAGGAAGUGUUUAGCCUCAGCUGGUCCUGAUUUUUACAAGGGUGGCAUGCGGUCUCUGGUCCAUCAUUGGCAAAGGUCAUAAUGAAUGGUGGUGACUAUGUGGAAAAAUGACAGUCUGUAGCUGAAAUAUUGCUCUUUUUAGCUGUGCUGUUGUGAUUUAUGUAUCAACUGUAGUUUCCAUGAAUAAAAAUUGGAGGCAUUACUUUUGGAA